AUGCCAUCUGCUCAUCUAGCUAGACCGCGCGGAUAUCUUCCUUCUCGAAAUGGCAUGCACACCGAUGCACACGUUGCUCGUGUUUGGACGAAGCAUGGCCAGAGAAUGGCCAACACUCUCUUCAGACACUGGCCACCACAGACUUCGGAGUUCCGCCUCGCAUGCGAAGAAUGCCACAAACGCAAGAUCAGAUGCGAACCCGCCUCCGACGGCAAUAGGGUGUCGUGCGAGGCAUGCCAGACCAACCAGCGGUUGUGCCUCUUUUCGCUAAGGAGCAAAACCGGACGACCGAGAAAGGCCGGCCCCGAAGCUGGCGGCAGUAGUCGACAACGGCAGAGGCCAUUAAGUGGUCCCAGCGCGGGCACCAGCGCCGUUGUCAAGAAUGCCGAACCACCAGACGCCUUUCAGCCGCUGCCACCAACUCCGAAAACAACUACGACCGCUCGGCCAGAGCUAUUGAUUGGUUGCCUUAAUGAUGGGGAUCAGCCUCCGGUAACUAAUGAGGAGGGGCAGCCACCACCAUGGGUGCCCCGACCGCAAACUGCAUUGGCACUGUCCCUGCAUAGCCCUCCAGCGACCAGCGACGAGCCGGUGUUCCAAGACUUCGACAUGCAGGAUGACGAUCUUUUCACUGACAUGCUCAACUCGGCCUACACCCUCUCAACCCUGCACGAGUCAUCCUGCGAGCCCGGCUACACUACCGAGCCCACCACGACUGCCGCCAGCAGCAGCAACAGCAGCAGCAUGCUGCAGGCCCAGAUUGCAUCGUACGCGUCACCGCAGCCCGGGAAUUUGGAACUUGGCGACAGUAUGAGGGGGAUGAAUCAGGACAUUGACCCACAGUUGAUGGCUCAAGCAGGCGGCACAGACUUCUCAGACGCACUGCGGCUAUGCAGUGAGAUCUACGAGCGAUGCCAGAGCAGACCCCUCGAUUUACUGGCCGAGAGCGACAAGGAUCAGGUUGACUACACCCUGGGCACGAUUGAGGAGCUCGGACGCGAGUUAGUGGCCGAACAGCAGCGUCAGAGUGAUCUGUCUUCGCCCAUCAGCGCCACGGCCCAUGGACGGCAGUCUCACUACAAGUCGCAGAUCCUGCACAUUGUCGUGGCCGAGGCCAUUGAGAUCGCAUCAAGCCUAGUUGAGUGCACUCUGCAGCGCCACUGUGCCAGCGCCGUCCUGACCCCUCAGGACUAUUUCGGUGCGACCGAGCCCGACUCUGCCAAUCAGAACCCUGCUCUCGCAAGGAAUACGGGCAUUGCGAGCCCGCGGGUCACUCCGGGGCAGCGCAACACGCAGCUCGAUGGCUGCGUGGCGCUUUUCCGUUUAGAUUACUCACUGUCUCAACUGCGUCUGUUUAUUUCAGGACAAGACGCCUGCCACAAGUCAAAGCCCUGUUCAGGCGGUAGUGUUCACGGUUUGGAUGGCGUUCAGGUCUCUUGUCAGUGCCACGGGUCGACCAUGCUCCGGGUUGGGCAGGUGCGCGAAAGAGUCUGGACUUUGAUCGAGAAGUUGCGCGGGGAUUGGAGAUGA